UUUUUAUGUUUUCUCUUGCUCUCUGCGAGUGAUUGAUUGAUUUCUCGAUAUUUGUAACACCUUCUUUUGCUUUUUGGCCAUGUGUUUCUUCCCCUGCGUGUUGGUUUUUCAAUUAAUUAAUUGGAUGGAUUGCGUUGUCAUGUAGCAAGAUCGCAAAUGAUCCUAAUGACUUGGGUUUGCUUUCAAGUAAUUUGGUUUGCUGAAUUUGCUUUGCCUGAUAAAUUAAGCUGCAUAUGUUAUAGAUAUGAUCUUGAUGGGCUCUGAUUUAUUACUCACUUCACGUUCAAUAUUAUGGUGCGCGCGGGUGCGUGUAUUUCCCUUUCCGGUUAACCUGGAUUUUAUAAAGAUUCAGGACAACGAGUAAUUCAUAAUGUUGAGCAGAAAAUUGAUUUAUACUGAAGCAUGAGACAAAAAUUGGACCCUGCAAACCGUUAUGAAUCAGAUCUAUGGAGCAACAAACUAUAUACGACCUGUUCUCAAGCUUGGUGGCAUGGCACAGGGCACGGUGCCUUCUCUAAAGAGAUGGCAGGGCAAGUCAAAAUGAAUUCUUUUGUGCCGCAUUGGGAUGGUAGUUUUGGGAACCCGACCAAUACUUCACACGCUAUGACUUUGCUGGCUGAAGGGAAGGAAGCCACCAAAGAGAAAGGUAGAGAAAAGUAUCAAGAGCAUCAACAGCAGCAAUUUGCUGUCCGUACUAUGCCUUCUACAGUAAAUGAAUUUCUUGCGCCACCUAGACAGCCGGAGCUUGUUGGCCAUUCAACAGCAUGCGCAUCUUACCCUUAUCCAGAUCCACAGCAUAGGGGAGCAAUUCCUACUUUUGGACUUCAGCCUUUGGUAUGAAAUAUGUGGCCUCUUAUUUGUUAUUUCAUACUUGUUAUUGUGCAUGUCAAAUAGUUCAUUAAUUGUCUGCUACUGCUACUCCUACUCAUGUUCAUUUCCGUGCACGUUAUACUAGCUACAAGUAGUAAUAUGCAACAUGCAUGCAUGUUAUGCUGACCUUUAUAUGAUGAUUAACACGAUUUUUAUU